AUGUGGCCUGUGACGGCCACCCGUGAGCUGUCCGAGUCUCAGCGACAAUGCUGCAGCGACAUUCUGGAGGCCCUCUUCUCUGCGACGCCGCUUGGCAUCUCACGGGACAUGUUCUGGGAUUUCGCGUUCUGUACACCACUCGAGGAUCCAUGGAACACGGCAAAGUCGAUACCUCCACCUCCACCGCCAUGCGAGAACACUACACCACGUCGCUGUGCCGGAUUCUUCAAAGAAGACCUCCCGCCGUCGACCAACGCUCUGCGCCACGCGAAAAAGGGAAAACACCCCAUCCGCAUCAACACGUUCCGUCGAAAAUGGAUGUUUGCGUAUCUGAAGCCCAGGUGGACAAAAGAUGAGCAGCUUGAGUGGUUCUGGACGGAUUCAAAGAAUAAAGGUGCUAGCCUUGACUACAUCCAUAUUGACCUUUUGGACGACGUCAGGGAUGAACAAGCCUCUCCUGUGAUUGGGGCCAAAUCUGCUGCUGUGGACGAUGCAGACGCGUGGUCGAGAUGGUCUGCUUCCGUGUACAAUCUUUACUACGCCGUGUAUCUCGCGCGUCGUCGCCUGUUGAGGCGCCUCGACCUGCCGCCUGGCGUCCAAAGACCCAUGGACCCCUCAGCGACGGAGAUAGCGAGUUUUGUGGUGCCCAGAAGCUUUGAGCAGUAUCUCCAAAACAGGCGCACCCCAGAAGACGUGCUCAUUCUCGAGUCUUUGGGAAGGAUGAACGACGCUUCGGAACGCCAGGGAUUGAACAGCCACGACCUCGAGUCUCAGCUAAAGCGCCGGGCGGACAAUCUAUCAGAAAUGCCCCGCAGCCUUGCAUUUGAGGCUGCGGUCAUUGGACUGGUGCUCUGGAAAUCGCCAAGACAAGUUUUCGAUUGGCUUCUCUCGAGUCUCGAGGAUGAAGCUUUGAGGCUUGAACGCCCCUCCUCUUCACGCCCAGCACGCAUUGACCGGCACCCCGAGGACGAACGUAAAUCCGAGGACAUAUGA